AUGCCUUCAAGACAACUUCCGGAAGCGGCUGCCAUGGCUUCCCGAGAGGAGGUUCUUGCCUUGCAGGCUGAAGUUGCCCAGCGCGAGGAGGAACUGAGUUCCCUGAAGCAGAGACUGGCGGCGGCUCUUCUGGCGGAGGACGAUCCCGCGCCGCAGGCUCCGGUGUCGCCCCUGCCGCCGAAGGCCGCGCUGUCCCGCGAUGAGAUUCUGCGCUACAGCCGGCAGCUCGUGCUGCCCGAGCUCGGGGUGCACGGGCAGCUGCGGCUGGCCACCGCGUCCGUGCUAGUCGUGGGCUGCGGUGGGCUCGGCUGCCCGCUGGCGCAGUACCUGGCAGCGGCCGGCGUGGGCCGCCUGGGCCUUGUGGACUACGACGUGGUGGAAGUGAGCAACCUGCCCCGCCAAGUGCUGCACGGCGAGGCCCUGGCCGGCCAGGCCAAGGUCUUUUCCGCUGCAGCCUCGCUGCGCCGGCUCAAUUCAGCCGUGGAGUGCGUGCCUUAUGCCCAGGCUCUUACUCCAGCCACGGCCUUAGACCUAGUCCGCCGUUAUGACGUGGUCGCUGACUGCUCCGACAACGUGCCCACCCGCUACCUUGUGAGCGACGCGUGUGUGCUGGCCGGCAGGCCUCUCGUGUCCGCCAGCGCCCUGCGCCUUGAGGGCCAACUCACAGUCUACCACUACGACGGCGGGCCUUGCUAUCGCUGCCUGUUCCCCCAGCCACCUCCAGCGGAGACGGUCACCAACUGCGCGGAUGGCGGGGUGCUCGGUGUUGUCACGGGCGUCCUGGGCUGCCUGCAGGCGCUGGAGGUGUUGAAGAUCGCCGCAGGGAUGGGCCCCUCGUACAGUGGCAGCCUGUUGCUCUUUGACGCCCUCGGAGGACAUUUCCGCUGCAUUCAGCUGCGGGGCCGCAGGCCGGAUUGUGCAGCUUGUGGAGAACGGCCCACGGUGACCGACCUGCAGGACUAUGAAGCCUUCUGUGGCUCCUCAGCCACGGAUAAGUGCCGCUCCCUUCAGCUGCUGAGCCCCGAAGAGCGAGUCUCUGUCGCUGACUAUAAGCGACUUCUGGAUUCUGGGUCGCCCCACCUACUGCUGGACGUCAGGCCUCAAGUGGAAGUGGACAUCUGUCGUUUGCCUCAUGCUCUACACAUCCCUUUGAAACAUUUGGAAAGGGGGGAUGGGGAGAGCCUGAAACUCUUAGGAGAAGCAAUCCAUAAAGGGAAGCAAGGCACACAGGAAGGAGCAGCCCUCCCGGUCUAUGUGAUUUGCAAACUGGGCAAUGACUCCCAGAAAGCCGUGAAGAUCCUGCAGUCCUUGACAGCAAUCCCAGAGUUAGACUCUCUCACAGUUCAGGAUGUUGUGGGGGGGCUCAUGGCCUGGGCUGCCAAAAUCGAUGAAACGUUUCCUCAGUACUGAGGUGGCUGCUAUCCAUAGUCUGACCUGAGGAAAAUGUGGAUUGCCAUGUUAACCUUAAAGAUACAUUUACUUCCAUAUUUCUCAGUAAUGUACAAAGACUGGAUUCUGCAUCUGUGAAUACAUAGCUUUCUUUUUAUAAGGGGCUUUUUUAAUGGUAAUUUAUUGGUUAUUACGUUGUUGAGGGUCUAUAAAAUUGUUUCUGAUAACUGUCGUGUGUUUUCAGUACUUGGAGGGUGUCUUGAACAUGUGAGAUAUAUUGUAAGUGACAGGAUUUCAUGUUUUAAUUUGCAGAUCAUUUGCCUGUCUUGCUUUUUUCCCACCUCCCC